AUGGAAGAUAUGUCGGUAAAAGAGAUGAAAACUAAAGGCGACAAACUAACAAAUAAGUCCCUUAAAAGUACUAGGCAGAUUCUAAAGAUGGCAGAAGAGUGCCAGAAUACAGGGGGAAAAACAAUGGACAUGUUGGAAAAGCAAGGAAAACAGCUGAGGAAUGCAGAAGGUGAUCUGGAUGAGAUAAAGGAAAACAUGAUAAAGGCUCAGAGGAAUCUGAAUAACCUGUUCAAAUGCUGGGGUCUAUGUCUUUGCCCAUGCAACAGGUUGGCUAUUAUAAAGACUCAACUUUAUAUCAACACAAUGCUAAAGACAGAGCAACCAGAUGAGGGUCUGGUAUCCAGCCAGGUGACCUCUGUACACAAAAAACGAUGGAUUUUUGGUCGGUCAGCGCCCCCCUCAGGACCCUACAUUAAGAAAAUAACAAAUGAUGCACAAGAAGAUGAGAUGGAGAAGAAUCUGGAGCAGGUGGGCAGCAUUAUUGGGAAUCUAAAGAUCAUGGCCACAGACAUGGGCAAUGAGUUCGAUAAACAGAACAAGAUCAUUGACCGCAUGUCUUUAAAGGCUGAAAUAAAUAUACAUCACAUUGAUGCUGCCACAAAGAAAGCCGAAAAAUUGAUUAAGGAAUAAAAAAGAGCACCAGUAUAACUCAGGAGUGG